GUUGAAUAAGCAUGGUAUGGGAAUGUUUCUAAGACUCCCAAAGUCGUGAAAUUCUUCAUAUUUUGUUGAUGUGGGGGAGAAUCCUGAAUCCUGUGGUGAUGAGCAGAGUUCGUCUCACUUCGAGUUUCAGAAGUCUCCUUACCAUGCAGCUGAAGACUACAGAGGUACAGUCCUUACUCAGUGAUGGACUGAAUGGAAUAGCAGAGCUCUUUGAGAAGUACAAGUUUGAGCUGAGGAUAGCAGGGGGUGCAGUGCGGGACCUCGUCUGGAAAACGGCCAGAGGAUGUGGACUUGUGACCAUGGCAACACCAGAGGAUAUGAAGAGCAUGUUCCAGACUGCAGGGAUCAGGAGGAUCAACAAUAAAUGGGAGAAGCAUGGGACCAUCACUGCUCGACUUCACAAUGAGAACUUUGAGGUGACCACACUGCAGGUGGAUGUUCACUUACAGACUGGCAGAAAGACGUAGAGACCUCGCCAUAGAGACCUCUCCAUGUUUUUAGGUUUACCUGCAGAGGGCGACAUGGAGGAGAUGACGCGGGUCUGGCAGCACGUUAAGGACCAUUCUCCCAAGCCCAUGACUUCCUGGUCAAACACAGGCGAGACCUCCAUAAAUCGCAGGAAGAUCCAGACAGCAUGAAGCCCUACACUGACUAUAUCAUAGAUGUAAGCACAGCCAUUGCAUAACAAAAUUAGUUGAUGUGAUGAUACUAACUAUAUUUAGAAUUUUAUGACUGUCAAGAUGGUGUCCUUUUGGAAAGGAGUUUGCCAUGGAUGGCCUAACCUGACAGCAGCACAUGGUCUAGUAGAUAAUUUUAUGUAUAUUGUUUGCAGAGUUGAGAGGUGGAUGCUCAAAGUAAAGUGUGUCAGCUGCUUAAGUACCAGGGCGAGGACAAGUUACUGGUAGAGAUGAGCAGAUGGUCCACUCCUCGCUUCCCCGCGAGUAGGCACGACUUGAGGAAGAUGGGCAUCACCUCUGGCAAGGAGAUUGGCACUAUCCUACAGAACCUACGAGACGUGGGAAAAAAGAGAUGAACAAAGCCGAGCUGCUUAGUCAUGUCAAUAAGACAUGAUCCCAGUGUGUGCAGGGCUGGAAGGGGCUGAGUGUGUGUGUGCACGGCCCUUCUGCUGACUGAAAUCUGUUGAUUGCACUGGUUCACAGAACUGUAAACAUCUGCAACCAUCAGGCGUUACCCCCACACACGUCUUUGAGUGUUGGUUAUGAGAAUGAGAGAGAAACCCUACUUUUCUUUUUUUUACAGCGUUGAAAUGAACUAAUUUAUCCCAGUGCAGCACAUAGAGUUUGGAUAUUGUGCUCUCAGCUAAACAGCUGUCUAUGACAUUUUUUUUUUAGUUUGUAAUCAACCAGAGCCACUGCAAUCUCUCAGCAUCUGUGGCAGUAUAGAUACCGGGACCAUUUGUAUAUUGCCUGCCCUGAAAUGCCUUUGAGAUUGGGCAAUCUGGUGUUUAGUUUGGAUUCAGUCAAUAAGAGUAACUGAAAACUGGAUAGUUUGCCAAUUCUCAAUGGUGCUUGGUAAGAUUAGAGCAACGAAAGUCUAAUGAGUAAUGUGGGAUUGGUUUAAAUGUCCCAUAAUCAUAUCUCAGCAAGGCGGCCUUUGUGGGGCGAAAAAAAACAACGUUAAUCCAGGAAUUUUCCAUUUUGUUUUGAGAAUGACUCAUCAAAUGGCUUGAGGGUGAAAGCAGCUUGUGUACAGUGUGGCUUCUCCGGUGAAAUAUUUAGGCUUUUUAAUGAAGGUUUUGGGUGAUUCCUCAUGAAACCAGGACAAAAAAGACCAUGAUUUAGGAAGAAUUGUUGACAUAUAUUUGACAUUUGUAUCUAAAAGCAAAAAUGAGAAAUAAUGAAUCAAAGUUGGCAUAUUUCUUUUACCGUUAUGGAAUUACAAAGUUCCAGAGUGAGAUCUCUGAUACUGUUAAGAGUUAUGAUAAAUUAUAUACAGAGAAAAUGGCAUAGUAGGCAAUGUAACCAAUCCAAUCACUGGAUUACCUUUUACUUGCAUCAUUGCACAUCCUGCAAAUUACCAGCAAACGCAACCAUUUUGAAUCCAUUUUAACAUUCACUCUGCUUUUAAUGCUUACAAACGGGAUUAUAACUCUAGAAGUAGCAGAGAUCCCACUCUGGAACUUUGAAUUGCCUGCAGAGUAUAUUAUGGUCUACAAUAUAUACAGUGAGGAGAACAAGUAUUUGAUACACUGCCGGUUUUGCAGAUUUUGCUACUUACAAAGCAUGUAGACGUCUGUAAUUUUUAUCAUAGGUACGCUUCAACUGUGAGA